AUGAAACUUCUGGACAUUGACGACGAGUCAACUUGGUCUUUGCAUUCCCGUCACAGAGACUUCAUCCGAGCCAUUGUAGUCUCAGCCCAAGAAGCAUCGAAUACCAUACGGCUCAUCAGCCUGUAUCCUCAGUACCUAGACUUGCGGUACGCAAAACCGACUUCUCUCACAGUAACCAUCGUCAGAAUCUUCACGGCCGAGGAUGAACCCUUGAAACGCGCGCAGACGGCACGCCAUGCAGCGUGGUUCGGUCGUCGACCAAAGAUCACGGCUUUCACGAAGCGUCAGUCUCUCGACCCGGGCAAAAAGUGGUGGGCUUUCACAUUCAGUCUGCAUGGCGACCCUGAACCUGAAAAGGGUGAUCCCUUCUAUUUUCAUCCUCCGGCAGCGGUGCUGUUCAUUUCCCAUGGUGUGUGCGUUCAUGAAUCGCACCGCCUAGACCACACUGCGAUCGCGGGAAGCUGCGAUACCUACGGAAGCAUUUCAGAUGGCACAAAUCAUUACUUUCUUUCCCCUAAAUUUGUCAAGAUGUCGUGUCAAAUGUUUCUGCUCGACAGCUAUGAUGGCUCCGAGGUAACACUGAGAGCUGGGUUUCGAUAUCAGGCUCGCGGUCUUGGCAAACGUACUGCACACUGUCGCACCUCUCGGCCCGCAUGUAACUGGUGCGGGAAGGCUAGCACGCAGCAGCACCUCGGGGUGUUCCGCCUGCACAUAACAUCCGCUAGUGCAGCACUGAGUGUCAUCGUGCGUUCACGUCUCGAUGAGAGCCUCCACGACGUCUUAGCGCCCAAUGUCCCAAUAACUGUGUCAACGAUCCCGGCCAGUGCCAAGCAAUCAAAAGCCGCGCAUUCGGAUUCGACUCAGCAUCCUGUGCCCCAUCCGAGACAGUGA